AUGAUAGCAUCAAAAACGAUCCGGCUAAGAUGCAUCUUCAGUUUCUCCUUGUUCGCAGGUGGACCACAAUACAACGUUCGAUCCCCGGAGGGUUCCACCUUGUCGGUUUGCGGGGACAGCGAACGAGAGGAGCUCAGUGACAACGAUAUACGUACGUUGUGCACCCCGAGGGACGAUCAAAGCGAGUUGAGUUUUUAUAGGCGUAUAAUCGAGGGAUCUAUCAAUCCUCUGGCCUCCGAAAACCGAUCCUCUAAAAUUGUGGAUCAAUCAACGUUUCAAGAUACCUCCUACAUCUCCCCCGAUUCGAACACGGUUAAGCAGAACACGGCUGACGAUAAAUCGAAAAAGAAUCUUGGUUACAAGCCAUACACCAUCGAGGAAUACAGGACUUUGUCGAUACCGAAACUCGAUCGAUCUCUUGGGCCCGAUAAAGUUGAGAUGCAAGCCAAGAGAGAGUGGCUGAUGCGGCGAAGGUCAUAUGGGAACUCAGUUAGCGCGCGUAAUCGCCAACGGAUAUUGCUGCAAACGCACAGGCUUAAGUUGCAGGAUACUGUCGCUGAAAAAUGCUUCCUGCCUCCUUUGAAGAAUCGGGAGAUCGAUACAAAGGUUCAAGAUUAUUCAAUACCUUUAACGAUAUUUGAGGAUGACGAGAUUGAUCUGAAAAAUAGCGAUACAAAUAGCGAUAGAUAUUCAAAGAAAAGUCGCGAUGCUUUCAAAAUAUCAUUGUCGAGAAAAUCUAAGAAAUUCGAACGAAUACCGAGUUUCUGUUCCUCGUUAAAUUCUCACGACUUCAUUGAAGAUUCAUAUUUGGAAUCUCUGAGGCAACGUCAACUUUAGGAAGGAAGGUAGAGGGACAAGGGUCAUAGUGGAUUCCAGCCACCAAAGCGACACUUAUACAUUCAGUCACGCAUAACUAUGUAUACUUUUCCAUUCAUACCAGCAACUAGACCGUAUGAUACACCAGGGAAUGCGCGAAACCCGGUAGGCGAAUUCAGAAAUUAUUCAACGGUUUUUGACGUCUCGAGUACAUGGCGGUGCCAGAAAUUCUAAGCCACAUUAAGACUUCAAACUGGGCAAACCAACCAGACCAUUUUUAUCCGCAAUCAUCCAUUGAAUUAUCCGGAUGAAAAGAAUUUGAUUGUAAAGAUCAAGAACUGUGAACUACCCCUGUUUAACUCAUUUAUUUAUCGAGACGGUUUCAUGAAUGUAUAAUCGGAUUUGCAUGAAGUUAACUUUGUGAAAAGUU